AUGGCCUCAUAUAAAGGCCAUCUCAAUAUUGCGCAGUAUCUAGUUAAUGAAUGUCACGUUGAUCCAGACAUAGCAGAUAGCUCUGGUAACACGGGAUUGCUUUAUUCAGCACUGGGUGGUCACGUUGAUCUCGUGAUUAUGUUUUUAAAGAAGAAGUGUAACGUGUCUCAGGUGAAUAGAGAAGGAUCGACUUUAUCAUUAUUAGCAUGUAAGAGUGGAGAGGUAGCAUUAGUUAAUCAGCUUAAGCAGUUUGGUAUUUUCUCAGAAGAUGACAUAGAUUUUAACGGAUGUGGAAUAGGUCGGUUUGCAGUACAUUAUGCUGCUUUAUCAGGUUCACCUACUCUACUCAGUUAUACUGUAUCUGAGUAUAGGUUGAAUGCCAGUCAACCAGACUACAAAGGUGUAGUACCAUUAGCAUUAGCUUGUAUGUCAGGUAGUAUCAAUGCAGUAGAAUGUAUUAUGAAUACUACUGACAUUGAUAUUAAUAUAACCUGUAAUGAGGGUAGAACACCUCUUCAUUAUUCAUGUCGUCAUGGUAAUGUUGAUCUCAGUCAAUAUCUCAUUGAAGUACAAGACAGUGACAUUAACAUAACAGAUAAUAAGAAAUGGAAUGCAUUGACUCAUAGUGCUGAGAAUGGUAACAUGAAGCUAGUCCAAUACCUCAUUAAUAACCAUCAAUUGCCUCUCACAUCAUUUGCAUUACUUCAAGCAGUGCGUAGUACUAAACUAUCAUUAAUUAAAUUAUUAGUUAAUGAUUAUAAACUAGAUCCUCAAGUUAAAGCUGGUGACAGUAUGCAAGCAGUUCAUUGUGCAGCUCAAGUUGGUGCUAUUGAUGUCUUAGAGUAUUUAGUAAAAGAUUGUGGAUGUGAUUUGGAUAAAGUAGGUGGAGCAUACAAGAGGAAUGUGUUUCAUUAUUCUACAUUGAAUGGUCAUUUUUCAUUUAUUAAAUAUAUAAUUAAUAAUUAUCCACAAUAUACUAGUCUAUUACAUUCUACUGAUGAUAAUGAUACUCUACCAAUUCAUGAUGCCUGUAUUAGUGGUGUAAUACAACUAGUGACAUUUCUAAUUGAUGUAAUGAAAUGUGAUGUCACUACUGAAGAUAAGCAUGGCUACACUUGUGUCACAUGGGCAUGUACCUCUGGUAAUCUUGAUCUUUUAAAAUUAUUAAUAAAACAAUACAACCUUAAUCCUAGAAUAUUCAGCAGUGCAUCAUCACCAGAAGUUGCAGUGGCAUAUAGACGUGUUCAUAUACUAGAAUGGCUCAGACAAGAGUAUCAUAUCAAUGUAGCCUCAUUUAAGAAUGGUGUAUUACCAUUUUAUGUUGCACAAUACAACCGUUUGUAUUGUUUAAAGCAUUUAUUAAACAAUUAUUCAUUUGAUAUUAAUGCCACUGAUCCUACUGAUGAUACUCAAUCUACACUCCUUCACAUAGCAUGUCAGGAAGGACAUGUUGCUAUAGUUCUCUACCUCACUAGUUUUCCUCAGUUGGAGGAGCAUCAGUUGGAUCUCACUAUUAAAGAUUACAAUGGAAUGGCUCCAGUUCAUGUAGCCUGUGAAGAAGGAUCAUUGAGUAUAGUCAAGUACAUUAUAGACCAUUCACCAUUAUCUCUUGAUAUGACCGACUCUUUUGGACGUACUCCACUACUUAUUGCAGCUUUCUCUAAAAACCUUCCGAUCAUUCGUUACCUCAACAGUAAAAACUGCAACAUUUCUAUACUGGACGAUAAAGGGUUUACCGUAAUGCACAUAUCGGCAAAGGGAGGGUCUUUGGAUAUAUUGAGGUUUUUCAUUGAUGGUGGUUACUGUAAUCCUGAUAUCACUGAUGCUUCUGGUCGUACUCCACUUUAUCUGUCAGCUCAAGAGGGUCACUUGGAAAUAGUAGAAUAUCUAUUGGAUAGUCCAAGCUACAAUAAACCACGUGUAGAAUUAGUAGACAUGCCAGAUAGCAAUG